AUGGGGGAGGUGCAUCGAGAAUUACCGGUGAGAGGUUUAACAGAGCUGCAAGACAUGUCCAUUGCUUUUAAGAACUCCAACUAUGCAACUCCCUAUGGUGAUAACACUAUUCCAGGCAAUCAUCCAGGACAUCGCUCUCUUCGACUUGGACGAGACUACGCACCAGAUCCCAUUACGAAAAGUUCACUUGCAAAUGAUUUGCAUGUACCGGGUAAUGGAUUAGGCCCUUCUGGUCAUGUAUAUCCUAACGAUCUUAACAAUGUACAGCAUACACUGUGUCUGCGAGGUGUGGAAGGUGGGAAUUAUGUGUUAGACUCUGCAAACGGUGGACGACGUCAUUUUGAUGAACUACGCGGAUAUGAAUCGGAGUGGACACCGUCGUUGCGUCAACUCUCACCACCGGUGCCGGAGUCAUUAGCGCGAGGUCAACGACGACGUGGAUUUGGAAGAUUUAAUCCCGCCGUGGGUGGAGUAGAAGGGAAAAACGUAUCUUCAGAAUUUCAUAAAGGAAAGGCAAUUGUCCCCCGCCCUCCGGAUCACGAUGUGGUGGAUUUGGGCCUCGCCCAUCAUCACGGCAUUGCGAGUACACACACCGCCACUACAGUUGGUAAAGGAGUUGGGAGAAGUGUGGAUCCAUGGGGGGAGGAUCCUGCAGCACCUCUUCCCAUUUCUUCUUCUUCUGCAGAGGGUAAUAAUAGUAAUAGUAAUAGUGGUAGAAAUAGUGGGAAUGGUGUUUGUAGGAGGAUGAAUCCUGUUUUUUUACCUUCACUUCCAUUAAUGUCUCCAGCAACAGAUGAAACACGACUUCGGUGGGAUUACCUCGGUACACGUCGUCAGCCUAUUGUUAUUUCAGAUACAGGAAGGGCUUCCAUCUAUGCUGAAAGGCAAAGACAAAAGGCUGCAGCUCAGAUACGAGAGGAGGAUAUCCAACUCGUUCGAUCAUUACCGAAGUGA